AUAGAAAUGAUUCCGCAAGAAAAAUAGAAUCAAGAAAGGGUGGAAUGGCAACAAUGAUUGAAGAAAAUGGUCCAUCAACUCAUGUAGGGGGGCAGAGUGAACUGUCAUCCUCUUCUUCCAGAGUGCGUCAGAAGCUGGAGAGCCUGCUGAACAAGAACAUGAGAAUCAGAAUGACAGACGGACGGACGCUGGUGGGACUGUUCCUGUGCACAGAUAGAGACUGCAACGUCAUCCUGGGGUCCGCUCAGGAGUUCCUCAAAUCCUCAGACUCCUUCUCCCAGGGUGAGCCCAGAGUGCUGGGGUUAGCCAUGAUUCCUGGCCACCACGUGGUCUCCAUCGAGGUGGAGUCAGACACCCUGGCCGACACACAGGGGUUCGGGGGCAGCCACUGAAGAACAAGCUGAGCUCACCCAAAGUUGGAGGACAGUAUCCUAGAAAAGGCUACAGUACAGACUUGAAAUGGAGAGUUCAAUCAAAGGAAUUCCAGAUGCAGCUGAUCUCUGGUGCCAGUGUCAUGGGUUUACCAGUCAGAGCCAAGAUGUGUGCGAAAUGUAACCAGGCAUCCCCAGUGACAUUAGUGUGUGUGAAGUUAAUACAGAGUAUAAAAGGUAUUUGUGCAAUAAGGGGCAUGGGACUGAGCCAGACUGUACAGUAUAUGUCUGUGUGAUAAAUGUUUUUCAAUACAUUUCGGUAUCUAAA